CCGCUCCGCGUUCACACAACAGUUUCCUCCACUCGCCAUGGGCGCCCCCUCCGCGAGCUCUCGCGCCUCCACGAUCUAGCGCGGCGGGCUCGCGCUCCGGCGUUGGCGGCGCCGCCCAGGUUGCAGUUUCUGCAUGCUGGGGGUCUGCCGCGGGGCACGACCUGAUAACCUCGCGUCAUGGGGAGGAAGCCUGAUCUGGCGAAGCCACACUUCGGCCCCGGCUCCGCUUCGCCGAAGACGGCGAGGAGGGCUCAGCCAUCCCCGGUGUUCCUGGGCACGGCCCUUUUCUUGCUAGGCUUCGUAUCGCUCUUCACCGGGCACAUCGUCACCGACGCCGACUGGUCGCGGAUCCGGAGCCGGUGGCGGUCCAAUCAGGUUAGAAACAGCGAACCCAUUGAUAUUUGGAAAUCAAGGUAUUCCAGCCUGUACUACGGAUGCAGCGGGAGGAGCCCCAAAUUAAGAUCGGCUCUGCCGGAGAACAGUUCUACUGGCUACUUGCUGAUUGCUACUAGCGGGGGACUAAACCAACAACGCGUAGGGAUAACAGAUGCUGUUGUUGUUGCCUGGAUUUUGAAUGCCACACUUGUUGUGCCUGAGUUAGACCACCGCUCAUUCUGGAAGGAUGACAGCGAAUUCUCUGAUAUUUUUGACACGGACUGGUUCAUAUCGUACUUAUCAAAGGAUGUAACUGUUGUUAAAAGGAUCCCUUAUGAAGUUAUGAUAUCAAUGGAUAAACUUCCAUGGACUAUGCGGGCACCUAGAAAAUCCAUGCCUGAGUUUUAUAUUGAUGAAGUUUUGCCUAUUCUGAUGCGAAGGCGAGCUUUGCAGCUAACUAAGUUUGAUUAUCGGCUCACCAAUGAACUUGAUGAAGAAUUGCAGAAGUUACGUUGUCGAGUAAACUUUCAUGCAUUAAGAUUCAAAAAAUCCAUACAAACUCUUGGUAAAAAACUGGUACGAAGGUUGAGAGUCAUGAGCUCACGAUAUGUCGCCAUUCACUUGAGGUUUGAACCUGACAUGCUUGCAUUUUCUGGCUGUUACUAUGGUGGUGGUGAAAAAGAAAGAAAGGAACUGGCUGAAAUUAGGAAACGGUGGGAUACAUUACCUCAGGACUUGAGUGCUGAGGAUGAGCGCACUAGGGGAAAAUGUCCAUUGACUCCUCAUGAAAUUGGUUUAAUGCUGCGGGCUCUUGGUUUUGGCAAUGAAACUUACCUGUAUGUUGCUUCUGGAGAAAUAUAUGGCGGAGAAGAAACUCUCCGGCCUCUGCGUGAACUCUUUCCUAACUUCUACACCAAGGAGAUGCUUGCUGGAGAUGAUCUGAAACCAUUCCUUCCUUUUUCUUCACGAUUGGCUGCUGUUGACUUCAUUGUAUGUGAUGAGAGUGAUGUUUUUGUUACAAAUAAUAAUGGAAACAUGGCCAAGGUAUUAGCUGGACGCAGGCGAUACAUGGGCCACAAGAGAACUAUUCGCCCAAACACGAAAAAGCUCAAUGCAUUAUUUCAGACGCGGAAUCAAACGGGUUGGGAUACAUUUUCACAGAAGGUAAAGAAAGUCCAGAGGGGCCUUAUGGGGGAGCCAGACGAUCCCAGACAUGGACGAGAUGAUUUCCAUGAAAUGCCAUCAUCUUGUAUCUGCCAAAGAGUGCCGGUGAACAGAUCGGCAACGAUACAGACUCGAAACUUGUUAGCUCAAGCGAGGUAGACAACAAGAAUUCUUGGAGAUCAAUUGAGCCUGGCGCGCUGAUGCACAGGGAAAGUACAUAUUUGGCCAGUUCAGAGGGUGAUGGAUUACAGAUGCUGACGGCACAGGUAAAUUCUCCGCAUGCCAGCUCAUGAUGUCGUGGUGGUUUGCGCUUCAUAGGGAUGACAAACUAUUUGCAUGCUGUCAGCUCUGGUUUAGUUCCGUGAAUGUGUUAGCUGAAUCAAAGAAACUGCCACGGUAAGGAGCAUGCCUGAUAUCUCUUAUCUAUAUCUAAAAAGAAACUGCCACGGUAAGGAUCUACUUACGUACUAACUGGAGAUAUGUCAUGCCUGUAACUGUAAUUGUAAUGUGUACAUGAAUGACUACGGCGUGCAGUCGAUUGCAGCAUUACUUCAUUAUUAUUAUUUUUGCUUA